AAGUUCGUCGAGCGUGCUUUCACUUUCGGUWGAUACUUAGGUUUGGGUUAGAGGUGCUGUGAAGUCCGCCACAUGUCAUCCGUUUUAUUUUAGUUUGGCUGAAAGUCUUGUAUUGUGAAAACUGGAAUUUUGCAUUAUCAGCCAGCUUUUAUUGCUGCUAUUUUCCCCAGGCGUGUACAGAUGGACGACGAGUGGCUAGACCCUUAUGACAUGCUCAACUAUGAUGCAGUUACCAAAACAAUGCGAAAGACGAUAAAGACUGAGCCACACUGGAGAUCCACUAGUCAACGUGUGGAGGAUCUGCAGAGGCAGAUCGGGAUGCUUGUUUUGAUUCUGUUAGCCAUCAUCUGCAACCAGAAGAAGUUUUCUGGUCCUCUAAUCUUCUGGCCCUUGAAAUUCAYCAGGGUGCUGAUUUUUUACUUCCUUGUCAGUAUUCUUUGGAGUUGGUUCUGUCUGUACCAGGUUGCCUUCAAUGAGCAUCAAAACAUCAUCAGAGAAACUGUAAACCUCAAUAAAGAAUGUAAAGGAAUAGAAGAAAUGCAUUGGACCGAUGGUUUGAAAGGUAGGAAAACAAUGCAAUGCAAACUAAUUAAUUGGUUCUCUGUACACAUGGACAAAAUGCUGCUUUUGCUGCUGCUGUGCUACCUGUCACUGUCUGCUCGGGGUCAGGAGGCRGACGACGACUGGCUGGAUCCUUACGACAUGCUCAACUACGAUUCUAGCACCAAAACGAUGAAGAAACUUCCCGAGCCAACAACCUUUACCAAUGUGGUCACCAAAAGAAGAGAGUACGUCCAGGACCAGAACCAGGCUGAGCUGACAACCUUUACCCUGCAGAUCCCAGUCCUCAUCACUAUUGUGCUCUCUAUUUUGGUGGUCAUGUAUGGAAGUGUGCAUGCAGCCUUUCAGCAUGGCAUCAUGGCGCCUUUUCGCCGCCCUCGAAGGGAUCCACCUCCUGCAGAGCUGGAGCAUAACCAGCGACMUCCUCCCAGGAUUGAGAACCGUGACUACCUGGCUGGAGGAGACGCACCUGCUCACGCACCUCCACUUGCAAUUGCUCAACAGCACAUCCCACGGCARCAAAGCGAUAAUGCGAGGUUGGACAGGAGCAACAUUCACCGCAGACGACCCAACAGGGUCAAGGAGGAAAGAGCACCAAUCGGUGUGGAGACUCUAAAAGCUGCAGACCCUCGGUUCAGCGAGGAUGAACUAGAUGGUGAGCAGCAAGAGGAAAGGCUUGAAGUGGAGAACGCUUCUGCUAACUCGGGGUCUGAAGACCAGCAGGAGGCCCCGGAGGAGGUAGAAAAAGAAAAUGCUGCUGCUAAAAAAGACCAACCAAAAAACCAACAAACUGAAUCAAAUUCAUCACAAGCAAAGAAGAAACCGAUACAAACAAAGCAGACAGGUCCUAAAGAUGAACUCAGAAAAGACGYUACAGUAAAGCCACCCCAGCCAGCAGACAUACAGCCUUCACAGACUGAUGUUCAGGAUCCAGGAGCCUCAGGAGAAGAACAGACCCACUCGAUAUCACAGACGGGAAUAGAGACGAUUGGAGUUCCUGUUCAGGAGACGAGUCCAGCGGCAGCAGAAUAAAUACUGCUGAUCAAAACAGCCAGUUUCAUACCAUCAGUGACUGGUGCUGUUUGGUCUUGGAGCAAAUGGCUUAUAAAUGUUGGACUGUGGAUAUUUAUUCAACGGUAUARUUCAUUUUCUGCUUUGUGCUCACAUUUGUUGAAUGGCUGCUUGUUUAUUUGUACGGUUUUACUUUGUCUUUUAAGAUAAAAAGAGCAAAGCACUGAGUUACACAGCAGCCUUUCUUCAAGAGCAUCAAGAUGAUGGGAAUUUCAAAGCUGUGCUGUUGUUUUACAUGAGGAUAAUAAUGAUGCUACUAAAGUUUAAUUAAGAGUAAUAUCAGAUUUGAAUUUUUAAUUGAACUUCCUAAUAAAUGUUUUUUUUAAAUGGAUGAACCCCCCAGUCUUUAUGCAAAUAAAGUUCAUAUUUUUUGGAUGUAUAUUGUAUUUGAAGGCUCAAAUGGUGAUAUUCUACUGAGCUGCUUUUACUGAUUAAAAGCAUCAAGCUGAAUAUUUUGAAAGAAUAAAAACUAGGUGGAGGGAAAUGAAAGGUGAGUUUUAUUUUUUUGUUUUUAAUAAUCAGCACAAGGAAAUGCUUAAAACCUAAUUGGUGGAAAAUGGAUGAAAAUGUUAUUGAAUCUGAAGUUUUGGCUGUAUUAAAACAAACGGAUGUAAAUUAUUUUUCACUUUCAUAGUUGAUCAGAAUUUCACAUUGUUUUUCCAUUUUGGAUGUAACCUUUGGUAAAUGUUUAUGAAAACACAUGGCUAUAUUUUUAAUAAACCAGGGACCUUUUGAAGGGGGUUUGAUGUCCUGAUACCGGCUAUAAGUUAAUCUUCAAGUUGCACUUUCAUACUGUGACAGUAAUCCAAUGUUGAAAAGAGGAAUUCAUCAACAGCAUGUUCUACGCAGGAGUUAAAACAAAUAGUUGCACCGUGGGUCCAAUUUUAGAAAUGCAGGCUCUGAACAAGCAAGAAAUACAAGUUUAUCUUACUGUCAUUCACCCUGCUGGUAUGUGUCAUUAGCAAAACAUUAUUAGGUUUACAUCCUUUCACUACAAAUAUUUUAGGUUUCUAUUUCCUGAGAAAGGUUCUAAAUUUUGUUUCCUUUCUCUUUCUGAACCCUAUUUGUGUCAGUGAAAUAAAAACCAUGACUUGA